AUGAAACAGUGCGUCCGUUGUAAACGAUUUUCAGCUAAAUCUCCAACUACUGCACCCAUUCAAUUACCAUUAGAGAGAGUUCGAGAUGCUUUCGCAUCUGAAGUUGCUGACAUAGAUUUAUGUAGCCCUCUGAGUCUCAAAAAUAAAAACAAAGCCUGGGAAACUUUGCAUCCCAUCACUUGGAAGUUCAUUCCGCCCACUGCUGCUUGGUGGGGCGGAUGGUGGGAGCGUCUAAUCCGCACAGCCAAGAAUUUGAUUGUGAGAGUCUUAGGACAAGCUGCAGUCAAUUACGAAGAGUUACUCACCGUCAUCAUCUGUGAUGUGGAAGCCGUAAUAAACUGUCGACCACUAACUUAUGUGUCAAAUGACUCUGAGGAUCUUCUUCUACCAUUAACGCCUUCCAUGUUCUUACAGGACAUUAAGGUUUCAGGUACAGCAGAUUUGGAUGCUUUAGAUCGAAAUAAACUCUUGGCUCGUCAGCGUUUCUGCCAGGAACUUCGAGAACAAUUUCGUAGCCGUUUCCGCAAGGAGUACCUUGGACAGUUAGUACAAAAGCAUGGACAGACGGACUGUGAAUUAAAAGUUGGAGACAUCGUGCUAAUAGGUUGUGAGAACCUUAAAAGAGUGAACUGGCCAAUUGCUCGUGUCCAAGAACUUUGUACAAGCAGAGAUGGACGUGUAAGAGUUGUAAAAGUGAAAACUAGAAAUGGUAUACUGAUUCGUCCUGUACGUAAACUGUAUCCUCUAGAAGUGUGUUCCUGUACUAAGGAUACCAUUAUUUGA